UGUGAAGGAGUACAUACCAAAAAUGAGUGAAGAAGGUCCAAAGCUCUACAACAACAAACCCAAGAAAGCGCACCUGAAACAGUUUCAAGAUCAGCAGAUUUUCGCUUCAGCUUCACCAACAAUGUCGUCUUCUCACUCCUCCGCUCCGCCGCCGCCGAAGCUUCCCAAGGAGUCGUUUGCUCGGCGUUACAAGUUCCUGUGGCCGAUGCUCUUGGCUGUCAAUUUCGGCGUUGGAGCUUACCUGUUCAUGCGGACGAAGAAGAAAGGGACAACUCCGAUUACUGAAGAACCUCUACCCCAGCCAAUUAUCACAGAGCCUGUGAAAGUGCAUGAACCAAUCUCAGAAGAACAACAACGUGAAGCGUUCAAGUGGAUGCUGGAAGAGAAAAGAAAGGUAAAACCAAAAGAUCGUGAAGAGAAGAAGCGCAUUGAUGAGGAGAAAGCCCUUCUGAAACAGUUCAUUCAAGCAAAAUCUAUUCCAAGAUUCUAACCAUUAAAGCGUUGUUGAAAAGGAAAACUACAGGUUUGGAUUCUCAAGUGAUUCUCUGUUUUCUACUCAUUCGUGGGAUUAUCUCAACAUUUCAAGAUGGAUCUUGUCUGCACAGGUUUAGUUGUCGUUAUCAUUUGAUGAAAGUAUGCGACUCUUAUGUGAUGCAAUUUGCAAAUGCUAAUUUUGAAUCCUGGUUGCUGUCAUUCACCUGCCUAUGUUACACUGAAGUCCUUUCACAUGUAACUCAGUAACUAUAUGUGCCGUUCUCCUUUUGAUCCUUGAAUACUCCUUGGGUUGCCAAUUUAGUGAGAUCUGUGACUCUGACCUUAAACAAAA